GAAGGCUUUUCAGCCUAAAAUCAUUGCAACUGUAUGGGCCCGGCGUUGGAUUUUGAAGGGCCCGUGGGCCCCGGCCACGGGCAGCCGGUAAGGAUGGCGCGCGUGAACUCACAGUUUUGGGAGCGCGUCAGUACGGUAGAGCCGUUGGCGCUCUGCAUUCUCUUCUCCUGGACGGUCCCUCCAUUUUUAGGGUUUUAUGUGCUUCUCACGAUCACAGCUACAGUUGUGUUGUGCCUAGCACUGAUUCGCAAGCGAGGUUGGUGGAGGUGUGACUGCAUACAUUUCUCCCCAGGCCUCUCAGUCUGAUCUGGUUCGAUCACCAGCUUAACACCUCUCUCUCUCUCUCUCUCUACUGGAACCAUAAUCGAUCGGGUUUUCAGAUCACUUCCACAAGUUUAUGAUUGUUUUUCUUGAGAUCCAAAGGCCAUACUCUCAAAUUCUACUAUACGCUUGCUGAUAUUCCGCAACUCAGGAGUGCUUAAUUAGAGAAGAAAAAUCCUCUCGCGGGAGAAGAUGGCCACCAUGGCUCAGCUUCAUUUCUCUCCUCUCGCUAGGCACUACCAUGUAUCUGAUCUUCGCCAUAUUUCCGGCCACUCAACCAGUUUUCCCUCCGUUUCUUUCCCGACCUCGUCUCCUCAAAACCUCUCCGUGUCUCCUCUACAGACAAAACUUCUCAACCCUAACUUGAUCGGAAAAUUUGAACUCUCGGUUGCCGGAGGCAAUGGCAGCAGCGGUGUGGGGCAUAGUGGCGGCGGCGGCGGUGGCGGCGACAGCGGAGGGUGGAGUUCCGAUUCCAGUGAUUCAUCAGGGCCGGGUGUUGGGAUCUUGGGUCUAUUUCUCCAUGGAUGGAGAUCUAGGGUUGCGGCUGAUCCACAGUUCCCCUUCAAGGUUCUAAUGGAGGAACUGGUGGGGGUAAGCGCCUGUGUUCUCGGAGACAUGGCUUCCCGUCCCAAUUUCGGACUCAACGAGCUCGACUUUGUUUUCUCCACUCUGGUUGUUGGAUCCAUUAUGAAUUUUGUUCUGAUGUAUCUUUUGGCGCCCACGGUGUCUGCUUCAUCCUCCAGUCUUCCUGCCAUAUUUGCAAACUGUCCCAAGAGUCACAUGUUUGAGCCUGGUGCAUAUGGUCUCUUCAAUCGGCUUGGAACUUUUGUGUAUAAAGGAACUCUGUUUGCUGCUGUUGGGUUUGCUGCUGGCCUCGUGGGCACCGCGCUCUCAAAUGGAUUGAUUAAGAUGAGGAAGAAGAUGGAUCCCAAUUUUGAGACACCAAACAAACCUCCACCUACAAUCUUGAAUGCUCUCACUUGGGCACUUCACAUGGGUUUAAGCAGUAAUUUCAGAUACCAAACUUUGAACGGGAUCGAGUUCUUGCUGGCCAAGGGAGUUCCACCUCUUGUAUUUAAGUCUUCAGUGAUAGUUCUUAGAAUGAUGAAUAACGUUCUUGGUGGAAUGUCUUUUGUGAUAUUGGCAAGGUUAACAGGAUCGCAGAGCGUUGAGGAAGAAAAGACAGAUUCAGUGGUAGUUGGGUCAGCUGCAGAGAAAGAGAAGCUGGUUGAUAGCAGUGAAGAUUUGUCAAAUAGGCAGUCUACUUAUAAGUGAUCGUUUCACUGUUGCUUUCUUUGUUGGCUGGCAGUGGAGUCUGUAAUUGCUGUCUCAACUGCAUCUUUCUUUGCAUCUGAGAUGUUGCAGUUUUGUGACACUACCUGUGAACUAUGAAUCAAAUAAUUCUCUUUAUAAUGUCCAAUUUUGGUACUAUUAUUAUUCAAA